AUGCAACAUGAGACUGUCAGGUUUAACUUCCUCCUCCUCCUCUUCAUGUUGCUCCAUCGCCUGACUUCAGUUGACCUGGAGGAGGUGGAAAGCAUGCCGUUGGAGGUCAUUGUUGACAGCUCUCCCUGCAGCGCCACCUGUGGGCUGGGCAUUAAAACUCAAACCCUUUGUUUAUUGAAAGAUGGUGAGAGAGCCACGGAAGAAGUGACAAGUAAAGAUGGAACAGAGGUGUCGGAGGUUUGCCAUGUUCGUAAGGUAAAGUGUCUGGAGUCGUGGCAGUGUGGACUCAGGACCAUGACUGUGACUUCAGGACAGAGAGUGGAGAUCGACUGUCUGGGAGAAGUAAUGGAGGCAAUGGGGAGGUUCUCCUGGAGGGUGACGUGGCGUUACGCCCGAGGAAUAAUUACCUCUGAUGACUCUCUGUUUGUCCGCUGGGAUGCUCCUCUGCUGGAUCGAGUGAUUCUGGACCCCAUCCGGGAGGAGGACGCAGGUACGUAUUGCUGUGUUGUGCAGGAUGUCACCUUACGCAGGGUGAAAAGGGCUUAUUGGGGGAUCCGGGUUUUGCCUGUCGGGUUUCUCAAUCUGGACUAUGAAAGCUCUCUGGCCCAGUGGGACUGCACUGGAAACCAGCAGAAUGAGACCGUGUCAGACCAGCAUUCCCACAAGACGCAGCUUCUUUACACAAUGCUGAUCAGUUUGAGCCUGUCAGGCAUCGUCGCUGGAUUGAUGCUGCUCGUCCUCUACUGGACAGUGAAGAGGAGCGAGCUCAGCACUGAAGAGCAGCUUGCUCAGUCUUUUUUGAACAGUGCUCUGUUUGAUCUGGGCCUCGGAGAUGAGCUGGUGAUCACAGUGGAGCGUUUAGCAGUAAAAAAGUUAUGGGUAGCUUGGGAAUACGCCUACAUUAAUAAGGUGGCUAUCUGGUCCAGUGGGACGUAG